CUUGUUCUCCCUGCCGUCUCAAAGCAUCAGGGUAUCUACACUCACCACUUGGAUGCGAAUGUGAAGCUCACCAUACCUCGAAAAGUGAACCAUCUAGGAGAAACUCUUUCUCAUGUGUUAACUCAUCAUCAUGGUAAUGGGUACGAUAAAUCUAAAUCAAAUCAAGGACGAUGGCAAACACAGCGCAGAGCACCGGAAAGUACGUAUACUUUGCAAAAAAUUCACUAUCAUAUCGAUGUCGAUGAGGAAACUUUGCAUCUGGAACUUGUACCAUCGACUGCAUCAUUCGUUGCACCUUCAAUGAUAGUCGAGCGACAUCGACGAGAUAUCAGAACGCGUGUUCAUUCGACGCAACACAUCAAUUGUCACUAUCAAGGUCAAAUCCGAGGUCAAGACCAUUCGAGAGUUGCACUAUCCGCCUGCAAUGGAUUGGCUGGAAUGUUGCAAACCAACCAGACCGAAUACUGGAUUGAACCAGCAAAAAACCAUUUUCAGGGGCCUAAUGGAGAACAUCUACAUGUAGUCUUUAGCCGAUUCAAUGUCGAAGAGACCCCAUCCAAGUACAAUUCCAGCUUCAGUGGCAAGAAAAAGAAAAGGAAACGUAAAAAGCGCCAUUUGAGCAACUGUGGGACCAGAGAACCACGACGUCUUGCAGAAACCCGUCUAGAGUGGCAGCACCAAGGCAAGGUAUUGAUUCAAGGUGGCCGUAAAUCACGUUAUCUUCACGAUGUAAACGAAUUUGCUUUAGGCAUGGACACUGAACCAAAACUUCUUCGACGUAGCAAGCGAUCUGUUAGUAAACCACGCCACGUGGAAGCGCUUGUUGUUGCCGAUCAUUCUAUGGUGCAGUUUCAUCAAGAUGUGGAUCUUCAGCAAUAUCUUCUGAUGAUAAUGAAUAUGGUGUCAUCGCUUUACAAAGAUCCCACUAUCGGUAACUCCAUUCAAGUAACGGUAGUAAAAAUAAUCAUUCUGGAAGAAGAAGAUUCGCAUGUUGAUUUCAACGUGACCCACAUGGCUAGCAACACACUGGAAAAUUUUUGUCGCUGGCAAAAAAAUCUAAACCCUAAACCGGAUGAAGACCCUCACCAUCACGACGUGGCCAUUCUGGUAACAAGAAAGAAUAUUUGCUCCAACUACGACUGCGCUACUCUUGGUGUGGCUAAUGUAGGCGGCAUGUGUCGACCUGAUAAAUCUUGCAGUGUUAAUGAGGAUAACGGGAUUACCCUCGCACACACCAUAUCUCACGAACUAGGACACAACUUUGGAAUGUACCACGACACGGCUAAAACAGGCUGUGAUCAUCGCAUCGGAUCCAUUCUACAUAUAAUGACCCCAAGUUUUGAGGCCGAUACUAUGCAGGUAUCAUGGUCAAACUGCAGCCGUCGUGAUAUAACGCAAUUCUUAGACCAAGGCUUAGGGAAAUGUCUCGAAGAUAAACCAAGCCAAGACGAGUACGCAUAUCCUGAACUACCACCAGGAGCGAUGUACAAUGCAGACCUUCAGUGUCGACUACAAUUCAAUUCCACAGAUGAGGAAAUGACUGUAUGCUCUAAACUGAAUGAGAUCUGUACACAACUUUGGUGUCUUGUCGGUGGUGAAGUCUGCACUACAAUGCUUCGACCCGCUGCGCCAGGUACUAACUGUGGCCGUCGAAAGUGGUGCCAAAAUCAACAAUGCGUUGAUGUUGAGGAAUUGCCAGCACCUGUUGAUGGAGGCUGGGGUGACUGGAGUCCCUGGAGCGAAUGCUCUCGUCAUUGUGGAUACGGAAUCGCCAAACAAACACGUGAGUGCGACCAUCCAUCUCCUGCUUAUGGUGGAGCAUUUUGCAUUGGGGAAAGAGCUCGUUAUAAAACAUGUCAUGUUCAAGAUUGUCCUCUUGAAACUCCUAGCUUUAGAGCUGAACAGUGUUCAUCGCAUAAUAACGAUACCAUUAAAGGGGAAAGAUAUUCUUGGAUACCGUAUUUUGAUAAAAAUGAACCUUGUGAGCUUUAUUGCAGUAAUUCAGAAGACACGAUGAUUAUUCCCUUUGGAAAUACGGCAGCUGAUGGAACGUUAUGCAAUAUAGGAACAAACGACAUGUGCAUUGGAGGUAUAUGUCGGAAAGUUGGCUGUGAUUGGGUCGUCGAUUCCGUUACUACUGAAGAUAGAUGCGGUGUUUGUGGCGGCCUCGGAGAUACCUGUUCCAUAAGAAAGGGUGAAAUAACUAAAAAAAUCAAUUCAACCGAUGGCAUUAUUCAUGAUGUAUUGUUGAUUCCGGUGGGAGCUCGUAAUGUCCUAAUAGAAGAGAUUGCACCAUCAAAAAAUUUUAUCGGUGCUCGUCGUUCAACUGGAAAUGAAUGUUAUUUGAAUUGCAACCAUUUUAUUCAGCUGCCUGGUGAGUACGAAGUGGCCAGCAGCUUAUGCUUGUACGAACGAGAAAACGAACAAGAAAAACUCAAAAUUCCAGGCCCCAUCAUGGAAGAUGUUAAUUUGUUUAUUAUAAUAAAGAAGAAAAACAAUCAUGUCGGUAUACGCUUCGAAUAUACCCUUCCAUCCCAUAAUAAUAAUAACCAAUCCAUCUACUAUUGGAAGCAUACAGAAUGGUCUGUUUGCACUGCAACUUGUGGCGGAGGAAAACAGUUUCGAGAGUCGAUUUGCCAUCACCGUGGUAAAGGAGUUGUUAAGGAUGAACUUUGCCUGCGGCAUGCAUUUGGCAAACGACACGAGACCAUAAUUCGCGAUUGUAACGAUGAUCCCUGUCCCUUUAACUGGUGGAUUGGACCUUGGCAAUUGUGUCCGUUGACAUGUCGCCAGCAACCAGAUAAACCAACUUCAAUUCGCCGACGUUCGAUUUUAUGCGUGGACUCAAACUCAAACGCACGACCCGAUUUACAUUGCAAUAAUAAACCUCGCCCGCACGACAGCGAGCCUUGUGGAGUUGAUUUGCCUCCCUGUCAGGAUGCCCAACGAGUAACUGGCCAAGGGGCAGGGCGCUAUGACGCAUCACAAGAACUCACUAAUGAAGAUUUACCUUCCGAACUUCCGUCACAAACUACUCCGGCCGACGAUGAUUUCAACAACAGUAUCUGAAAUUAAGACUUUCAGUUAUCCCGUAUUAUCCUGCUCAGUUAUUCCAGUUGUUGGAUUCAGUUAUUGGAAUGAAUAUGUUAUAUUAACAUGGAUUCCAUUUCUAAAAAAACUUUAUAACCUGAAGUCUACUGCUACAGUCCCUAAUCGUCCAGUAUGCUGGAUGUAAACCUAAAAUACUCAGUACAAAAAGGCUCGAAAGCCAAAAAAGCUAAUCCGCGCAAUUCAGCUCGUUCUACGAAGCGUUGAUGUAGAGAAAUUAUAUGAUAUUCGCAUAACGCAGUAAAAUAAUUUUUGCCUACUUUGGUACUAGACAAGUUUGCUUGGUAUUUAAUAACACUUUAUUUACUAAAAUAAAUAAUAUAUCGUUACCAUUGCGUAUUGUGUGUUGCAUUAGAAUCGGGUAUUGUCGGGCAUUUUAACAAAAUAAGCUACUUUGUUUUGUGGCACGUUGUAGUUGUG